UACUGCACUUGAAAUGAUCAGCGCGCGCUUCACUUUGAGUAAAACUAAUUAGUAGACACUGGAAUCUACUCUGUACGUACUCUCGACCGCUUUAAUCUUUACCGCUUGGACAAUUCUUUUCUUCAGAACAUGGAUCAAUCAGUAAAAGCAAUUAAUGCACACAGAAAAAUGGUAUUUUCCCGACUGGUGAACCGUAGAAGAUUUGACAACGAAGAGUUAGAGUCCUUGUACCAGCGAUACACCUUCAAGAUCCAACAGUCCUCAAUAUUUAGUGUCCUGGCUCUGUUUAUUUUCUUGACUGGAGUCUUAACCAUUCUACACUUCGUCUAUGUUAAAACUGCCACCGCUGCCAAUCUGUAUUUUCUGUUGCACUGUCUGUGUUUUGUCACACUUCUGACCUUCACCUGCACGAGAUGGAUUAAAGAUUCAUAUCUUCUCGCUUUAAGCUACGUUAUUUUAUGUUUUUUCGUGACCUUCUGUAUGGUCUCUCUACCUCUGGACCUUGGCACACGAGACACGUGGGGUAGAGGCUCUUGGGGUGCACGACAUAGUGCGGCUGAUGGGGUAUGGGAGAUACUUUAUUGUUUAUUCGUGUCUUAUACUAUGUUGCCUCUGAAAACAAGAAUGUCAAUGACUCUCGGGAUCUUUCUACCAGUUAUCCACACAGGCGUAGCGUCAAAGAUGUCUCAAGAAUUUCCCAGAUUAUUGAUGCAUCAGCUAACUUCUAACUGGAUAGCUUUCAUCUGUGUAAACAUUGUGGGAAUAUUUGUGCAUAUAUUGAUGGAGCAUGCGCAGAGAAGGGCUUUUUUGGAUACCCGGAACUGUAUCAAUGCACGACUUGAAAUGGAAGACGAAAAUGAAAAGCUGGAGCGUCUCUUACUGAGUGUCCUUCCUCAACAUGUUGCCAUGGAAAUGAAAGAAGAUAUUAUUAGUCCCCGCGAAGGACAGUUCCAUAAGAUAUAUAUCCAGAGGCACGAGAAUGUCAGCAUUUUGUUUGCAGACAUCGUGGGUUUUACUGUCCUAGCUUCCCAAUGCACAGCCCAAGAACUAGUUCGGUUGCUGAAUGAACUUUUUGGGAGAUUUGACCAACUGGCCAGUAAAAACCACUGCCUAAGGAUCAAACUUCUUGGGGAUUGUUAUUACUGUGUUAGUGGACUCCCCGAGCCGAGAUCAGACCACGCUCAAUGCUGUGUAGAGAUGGGAUUAGAUAUGAUCGACGCCAUUGCCUCGGUGGUGGAGACCACGGAUGUCCAGCUGAACAUGCGUGUUGGUAUUCACACUGGUCGAGUUCUUUGUGGAGUAUUGGGCUUGAGAAAAUGGCAGUAUGAUGUGUGGAGUAAUGACGUAACGUUGGCUAAUAACAUGGAGGCAGGAGGUGAACCAGGACGGGUUCACAUCACUCAAGCGACUUUGGACUUUCUUAGAGACGAGUAUGAAGUGAUUCCGGGUCAUGGAGGCAAUCGAAAUUCUUAUUUAAGGGAACAAAACAUCAAAACUUACUUUAUUGUUGCUCCCCCUUCACGAAAAAAGCUGUUCUUGCUCAACUCUUUACAAGUGCGGAAACUAACGGGAUCAAGCAGAAAGAAGUUGACUUUCAAGAACGUAUCCAACGUAGUCCUGCAAUUGAUACAUUCUAUCAAGUUCAGUGUCGAUGUUCCUUUUUCAAACAUUGCCACAGUGCAACAACAAACGGAGAAGCCCGCAGUAAAAAAGCUAAAAGUGGCAGACAAGUUCAGAAAGUCUUUUAAAAAAAGGCACUCCACGGUCUACCACCAACCAACUAACCGGGUCAACAAGUAUCUGGCCCAGGCCAUCGAGGCCAGAAGUGUAGACAUGGAAAAAGCUACUCAUGUUAAUGUCGUCACUCUCUGUUUUAAGAACAGGCAAAAGGAAUGGCAGUUUCACGAAGGAAAAGAUCACGGUUUUGGAAAUAGUAUGAUCUGUUCGUUAGCGGUAUUAUUGUGUGUAGGAUGUAUCCAAGCUAUUGUGCUACCAAGAACUGUCGUGCUGGUUGUGUUAUUCUUAGCCGCAUUCUUUUGGUUGGCCGUAUUAUUGGGGUUGGUGUUGGCUAUCAGAAUGAAAGCAAUAAAAUGGGAUGUUAGGAAAUAUUUCCUCACUCGGCUUGGAGCCAUAAUAUUUGCCAUUAUCUUGAUAUAUGCUGUUGCUCAAGUUAACGUGUUCUCAUGCGUCGCCGACCCUGUCUGCGUAGAAAGUACAACAAAUGUCACUCAAGCACCACUUUAUGCUGACCAUCGGUCAUGUCCACUACCUCAUUACAUUGUCAUCAGCUGUUGCCUUGCCUUCUUACCCAUUGUUCUAUUCCUAAGACUUGCCAUUCUCAUUAAGGCGGCUUUACUCCUGCCAAUGACUAUUAUUUUCUGCUUGAUAACCGAGUUCACCCAUGCCUCAAUGUUUAGCUGCUAUGAUGAGCAAGUCAGGAACGCUGUUCCAUUCCAUAUCUUUGGAAUUGUGGCCAUUGGUCAGUUUCUACUUGCCGUGUUAGUACAAGGCCGUCAAGUUGAGUGGACAGCGAGACUCGACUUUCUGUGGAAUGCACAGGCAAACGAAGAAAAGCACGAGAUGCAUCAGUUGCAAAAUAACAAUCGGCGUAUUUUGUUUAAUCUUCUACCCGCUCACGUGGCGAUGCACUUUCUGGACAACCAGUUUAGAAACAAUAUGGAACUUUACCAUCAGUCAUAUGCCAAAGUUGGUGUCAUGUUUGCUUCUAUACCCAACUAUCACGAGUUUUAUAUGGAGCUCAAUGCUAACAACCAAGGCGUAGAAUGUCUGCGUCUUCUGAAUGAAAUAAUUGUUGAUUUUGACGAGCUUUUAGAUGAUGAGAGGUUCAAAACAAUUGAUAAAAUCAAGACCAUAGGAAGUACUUACAUGGCGACAAUUGGACUUAUCCCGGAUUCUCGUAUUCCGGAAGAUAACGACGACGAAGCUGCCAAGUGUAUCAGCACGUUAGUAGAACUAGUGUUUGCCAUGAGAGACAGACUGGCAGAUAUAAAUGAAAAUUCUUACAAUAAUUUUAUGUUACGCGUAGGUAUCAACGUAGGACCAGUUGUAGCUGGAGUAAUUGGAGCAAGAAAACCACAAUAUGAUAUUUGGGGCAACACCGUCAAUGUGGCUAGUAGAAUGGACAGCACUGGAUUACCUAAUCACACUCAGGUUACUGAAGAUGUCUAUCUUUUACUGAAGAAUUAUCCGUAUGUGUUCAAAUGUAGAGGUCGUGUGAACGUGAAAGGAAAAGGGGAAAUGACUACUUAUUUUCUAGUUGGCAGAAAAUCGAAUGGGGAAAAGACGUCCUCUUAUAAUUCACAAGGAUCUCCAGGACAGUCAGAACCACCUGAUCGUGGAGAACAGCAGAAUGAAGAAUCUUCAUCAGUACAUGGGUUUUCUCAGAACAAUAAACAAAUCAGCAGUUGGGAAGGUAUGUCUAAUGGCAGUGAAAACACCACUCCUAAAACUAGAAAAGUAAAAGCAAACCAUGAGCUGAAACGACUGGAUCAAGAACAUUCUCAGUGUCCGUCAGAUUCUUCCUCGCAACAGAAUUGGGUUUUUUUUCGGAAGCCUGAACAUAGUAGAAGUUCAUUUCAAAUCCGUGAAUUACUAUACAAUUGCAGUUGUUCAAAACUUCACUAUAUAUAUUUUUUUUCGGAACCAAUAACUCCAACCAUUGUAGAUCAUUGUUUAAUCAAUGCUAAGGAUAUUAUUGGGCUACUAAAUUUCUUCAUAUAUUAUUCUGGUUGCACCAGAAGUUCAGUGUCUUUAGCUUGUCGAAAUGAACUAUUUUUCCGUCAUAUUUUCUGUUUACAUGUGAAAAUUAUGACAGUUUUUCAAGUGCAAGAGAAAAAAGGCUUAGCUUUGGAAUCACCAGACCAACUAGAACAAGAUAAAGUAAACAUCGCAAGAGCUAUAAUAAACAUAAAUUUAUCGUCUCGAGACUCUACUGAUAAGUCACAUUUUAAUAUUUCUUAUAUAGGUUCUAUGUUAAUGUUUCAGCGACAAGUUUGGCAUGGAAAUUCAACAAGAAAUUUUGAACAAAAGAAUAAUUCGUCUUCAACAACUAACAUGAAGUUUGAUGAAAUUAUCAAAAACGAUUCAACCUGUAAUAAUCAUGAAGGUUCAUGCCAAAUAAUUAUAAAAGUCUUUCCAGAAACUUUGACAAACUUUUCCAAAGAAAAGGAAGGUCUAAUAAAGGACUGUUCCAAAAACAGUAAAUCAAAUGAACGAAGACAUUACAAAAAAAUUGAAAGUCCUGGAAGGAAGAAGUUUAUUCAUCAAGCAGACAGAACACUCCAGAAUUUGCUUAGCAGAGUUAUACAUAUAACCAUUUCACUGGUCAACUGUAAUGGUUCACAAGAUGAAUAUAUGGAUGGACACAAUGCCAAGAUUGCGGUUGACUUGUUGCCUGAUAGAAACUAUAAAAAUGUUGCUUUUUGCAAGAAAACCAAUACUCCCAGAGCUUUUGGAUCUAGUAGUGAAUACAGCGAGGACGGUAGCUGUGAGGAUGAUGAGUUGAUGGAGAUUGAUUCUGAAGAUGAUGGAAAUAUAUAUAUGAAUGAUGAUGUACCUCACAAUAGUGUGUCUUUAGAAAACGAAUGUAGCUUCAUGCAUACGGAUUGUGUUUUUGAUGAUCUCAUUUCGAUUAUCAAUGGUUACAGUGGCAAUAUUUAUCCGUUUUCUGGGUCCAGAAGCAACAGUUUUGUGAAGACUAUCCAUUAA